GACGUCCCAGCAGCAUUCAGCAUCGCGGAGGAGAACCCACCCUGCAUGCCGGACCACCGCUCGGAAAACUUUCUAGAAGACAAAAAAAAAUCCUCAGAGAACUCAUCUUGCGGUUUCUCCUUCGAGAAUAAUCUCUGGACUUUUUUAUUUUAAAAACAAAGUGCUGUUUUGCAUGGCUGGCAGAUUUAACUUUUUAUUUUUUUUAAAGAAGGGUCUUUUAAGACCGAUCCGUUCCAAAUCUGAGACAUUCCUCCUCAAUCGGAACCGACAGAGCUCCCAAAGCUGAGGAGCAACGACAAACAAGAAGGAGUCAGAAAAAGAAAAAAAGAGGAGGCGGAGUCAUUAUCUCAAUUUUUUUUUAAAAGGAGCACUCCGGGGCUCGGACGCGCGCAAACAUGAUGAUGAUGUCUCUGAGCAGCAAGCAGCCCUUCGCCGCCAUGGCCCACGCCAGCCUGGCUGAAGCAAAGUACUCACUGCACUCUUCGGCCUCCUCGUCGUCCUCGUCCACGCUCACUUCCUCGGCCUCCUCGUCUUCGUCCACGCCGUCCUCAGCAUCCUCGUCUUCCUGUUCGUCCUCCCGUCACAGCGGCAGCAGCAUCAUCAGCACCAGCGGAUCGGAAGCGAUGAGGCGAGCAUGUCUGCCCACACCGCCGAGCAAUAUAUUCGGCGGCUUGGAUGAGAGUCUGCUGGCCCGGGCUGAAGCUCUCGCCGCGGUGGAUAUCGUCUCCCAGACCAAGAGCCACCACCACCACCACCCGCCGCACCACAGCCCCUUCAAGCCGGACGCCACCUACCACACCAUGAACACGCUGCCGUGCACCUCCUCGUCGUCGUCCUCUUCCUCCGUGCCCAUCUCGCACCCCUCGGCACUGGGCGGCCACGGCCACCACCACCACCACCACCAUCACCACCACCACCACCAGCCACACCAGGCGUUAGAGGGCGACCUGCUGGAGCACAUCACUCCGGGUUUGGCGUUGGGAGCCAUGGCCGGGCCGGACGGCUCCGUGGUGUCCACGCCCGCGCACCCGGCGCACAUGGCGGGUAUGAAUCACAUGCACCAGGCUGCAAUCAACAUGGCACACGCCCACGGCUUGCCCCCGCAUAUCGGUAUGAGCGACGUGGACGCGGAUCCCAGGGACUUGGAGGCCUUCGCGGAGCGUUUCAAGCAGCGGCGCAUUAAACUCGGAGUGACCCAAGCGGAUGUGGGUUCCGCGCUUGCCAGCCUCAAGAUCCCCGGCGUGGGUUCCCUGAGCCAGAGCACCAUCUGCCGCUUCGAGUCCCUCACGCUGUCCCACAACAACAUGAUCGCCCUGAAGCCGAUUCUUCAGGCGUGGCUGGAGGAGGCCGAGAAGUCCCACCGGGAGAAGCUCAACAAACCCGAGCUCUUUAACGGCGCCGAGAAGAAACGCAAACGCACCUCCAUCGCCGCGCCGGAGAAGCGCUCGCUGGAGGCCUACUUCGCCAUUCAGCCUCGGCCCUCAUCGGAGAAGAUCGCCGCCAUCGCCGAAAAACUGGACCUGAAAAAGAACGUCGUCCGGGUCUGGUUUUGCAACCAGCGACAGAAACAGAAACGGAUGAAGUACUCCGCGUGUGUUUGAACGCACCACAGCGAUUCUGGCUCGGACUUUGGACGCUUUGUAUCAUAAAUUUCUUACUUAAAUAUUUCAACAACGAAAAAAAAAAACACAAAAUCUUUUUUUCCAUUUGCCAUCUUCGAUGACUUUGUGAAUAAUAAGAAGAAAAAAACGGAGCCGUGGAAUCUACCUGGCAACAAGUAAGGCCGAAUGCUUUCAAAUAUUUGUUUAAAAACAACAACAACAAAAAAAAGACUAAAAAUGACAUUUCCACAAUUCCACCCACGAUGAAUCAUUUCACGGGACUGCGGCUAAAAUAGAGCAGGAAGGCGUGGAAAAUAGCAACUGAGAGCACUUGGUUUAUUUAUGAGGGACGUUUCAUUCAAGCAGGGUCCACUUGUGAGAGAUGUAAUAAUAAUAAUAAUAAUAACGAUGAUAGAUGACUGCCAAAUAUCUGUCUGUAAAUGCAUCAUUUAACACUUCAUUUUGUGCAAUUUUGUUAUGAUAUUUAUGUGAGGGGGGAGGAUUUAAAAAAAAUUAACCAGAAUGUUGUUAGGCCUUUUUUUAUUUAUUUUUUAUUUUUUUAAACAAAUUUAAUUAAAAUGUUAUUCUAUAUUGCAAUAAGUUUACAGUCCAACAUGGGCCUGCAGCAUCUUAUGAACUAUUUAUCAAGUGAGGUCAUGUUUACUUCAUUACAUAUUUAUUGGGAUUCCCCCAUCACCACCCCCCCCCCCUUUUUUUUGCCUGAGAAAAAAAAAUCUAAUUGUGAAUCGUACAUUCGUACAUUUUCACAUGUUUUUUUAUUAAUUUUUUUAAACAAUGGUAUAAUCAUAUAUGAGAUAAUUUUCUGUCUCCACCCCCCCACACUUCAACCCCCCCACUGCUGUUUAUUUGUAUAAAUAUUUUUAAAAGUACAGUAAGUCGUUGCUUGUUCCAAUCACUUUGUUUCAUGUUAUGAUUUUAUUUUUGUAAAAUUCAUUAGAAUUCAAUACAAUGUAAAUACGUCAUCGCUGCACAUAAAUAUAUUCGUACAGGUUUUUGCUGUAUUGCUGUUUUAGCUGAGGUAUUUCUGUAAUGUAUGUUGCUUCUCUUUUUUUUAAUUAAUUUAAAAUAUAUAUAUUAGUUAAAUUAUUUAAAUCGUUUAUCACACAUCAUGUGUUUUAUUUAUUUUAUUUUUUUCAUUUACAAAAAAAUAUUAUUAUUUAUUUCCAAUAAUUGAACUGCAAUGUGUUUCAUUAAAGAGAAAAUUUUACCAUUUGAUUUAUUAUGGUUUUUUUUAUUUUUUUUGGGAAGCCCAGACAUGCUAAUAUGCUGUGCUAUUUUAUUUAUUCGUCUGUUUAUUUAUUGAUGAAGGAGGAGGGAAACGCUUUAGCUGAGGGAUGCACUGCUUUUUUUUUUUUAAAGCAUUCCCUUUCACUCCCUUGUAAAAUGCUGCCAUUUUAUUACUGGCAUUAUGAUUAUGAUUAUUAUUAUUAUCAUCAUCGUGCACACAAAUGCAAUCCAUGUGAUUUGACUCCUUCUUUUGGAUAUUUUAUGGCUAUUUCCAUCUUCCUCUUUGGCGCCAUCAGCACCAGCACGUGACUCAGGGUUGCCAGCUUACUGCAGCUUACCUGAGAGCAAAUGCUAAUAUUCUAUUAGAGCCUUAAUCAGGGGCUCUACGGAGGCCCGGAUGGCUCCCUGGAGCGGAGACUUGCCAGAUGUCAGCCCGCCAGAAAAACAGCUCGCUUGCCAAUGCACCCCCCCCAUUCACCCCCCCCCCUCCCUCAGCCCCCACCCCAUCACUACACCCCUGCAACACCACCUUUAUCCUCCUAAAUACACACUUUGAAGAGGAAAGGAUGAUAGAAAAUUAUUUUUUGGUCAUGGAGGUUUCUGAUCUUUUUAUCAACUCAGGACAAAAAAAAAUGUUGUAAUAAAAGUACUCAAAUAAUUCAAAUAUUGCAAUAAUAUCAUAUGCAUCAUCCUGUUAAAGGAUGAAUAAAAUAUUUGCAUACAGGAUGACAGACUAGCAACUAAAAAAUGACACAUUUUACGCUCCCUAACCUCAGUUUUGGGAACCCCGCUUUAAAUAGUAUAGGACAGAGGUGUCUAAAGUGUGGCCCAGGGGCCAUUUGUGGCCAUUGGCGCAUAUAAAAUCAAACAAAACAAAAAAAAAAAUACACCCAAAAUAAAUAACUCAUAACAAUGAGAAUCUUUUAAAAUUAUAUUUAAAAAAGAAAUUUGAGUGUGAAUGGUUGUUUGUCUAUAUGUGCCCUGUCAGCUGGGAUAGGCUCCCGCAUCCCCUUACGGCUAAAGUGAUGAGGACAAGCGGUUUAGUUUUAUUUAGUAUGCGGCCCUCAGUGGAAAAAGUUAGACGGCUCCAGGUAUUCAAACAUGUGGCCCCCGGGACAAAAAACUGGGGGCCCGUGGAAUGGUAUCACAUUUCAAUUCAAAAUUUGGAAGCGGGUAAUGCAGUGGUGUCCAAAGUGCGGCACAAGUACAUUUAAUUAUACAAAAUAACCCAAAGCAAAAGUACAAAUUACGAAUAAGACUUAAAAUAAAAAUAUGCUUUUUCACUUAAAAAAGUGAAAAUGAAUGAAAUUUUAGCCUGUUAAGAACCUUAAAAUCCCGAGAUUUUUUUUUAAAUAUAUACGUGGCCUUCGGUGGUAAAAGUUUGGCCCCCAAAAAGCACGACAAAGGGUACAAAGGAACUUGGACUAGCAUUUAUUUGUCAGUAGGUUCUUUAACAACAACAACAACAUAGGUCCUUUCAUAGAGAGGAUCUUUGACCUGAAACAGCAUA